GCGCAUGCGCAGACGUUUGUAUCUGUGUAAAUGGUCACUUAGCAAUGGAGCUAAGCCACGAUUAUUUUGGAUAACGUUCAGUGCGCUUUUUUUUAAGUACCGACAGAUUUUGGAAUUUAGAAUAUUGCUGACCUCUUAAUAACUGUAGAAGAUGCCGAUGCCUUCCAUACCCCGACAGGGUCACAGGGCUGAGAGAGCCGAGAAGGUGGAGGUCAGUGACAAUGUGAAGGUGGUGGUGCGGUGCCGCCCCCUCAACCAGAAAGAGAAAGUCAUGGGCUUCAAGCAGGCAGUUAUGGUGGACGAGAUCCGGGGGACCAUAACCGUCAGCAGGGCAGACACCCCCAACGAGCCCCCAAAGACCUUCACAUUUGACACCGUCUUCGGGCCUGACAGCAAGCAGCUUGACGUUUAUAAUCUGACGGCCAGACCCAUCAUCGACUCGGUCUUGGAAGGUUAUAAUGGAACCAUCUUUGCUUAUGGUCAGACUGGCACCGGGAAGACAUUCACAAUGGAAGGUGUCAGGGCAGUGCCUGAGCUCAGGGGCAUCAUUCCGAACUCAUUUGCUCACAUUUUCGGCCACAUCGCCAAAGCAGAGGGAGAUGCCAGGUUCUUGGUUCGGGUUUCCUACUUGGAAAUCUACAAUGAAGAAGUUCGAGACUUACUGGGAAAGGACCAGUUGCAGAGGUUAGAGGUAAAGGAAAGGCCAGAUGUGGGUGUGUACAUUAAGGAUUUGUCAGGCUACGUGGUCAACAAUGCUGAUGACAUGGACAGGAUCAUGACACUUGGUCACAAGAACCGUUCUGUUGGAGCCACGAAUAUGAACGAGCACAGCUCGCGCUCUCAUGCCAUCUUUACCAUCACGAUCGAGUGCAGCGAGAAGGGAGUUGACGGUAACCAGCACGUGCGCAUGGGCAAACUCCAUCUUGUAGACUUGGCUGGAUCUGAGAGGCAGGGGAAGACUGGAGCCACUGGACAGCGACUGAAGGAAGCCACAAAAAUCAACCUGUCACUGUCCACCCUGGGGAACGUAAUUUCAGCCCUGGUGGAUGGCAAGAGCACUCACGUUCCGUAUAGGAACUCCAAACUCACCCGGCUGCUGCAGGACUCUUUGGGCGGGAAUUCAAAGACAAUGAUGUGUGCCAACAUCGGGCCAGCAGACUACAAUUAUGACGAGACCAUUAGUACCUUGCGCUACGCCAACCGUGCCAAAAACAUCAAGAAUAAAGCCAGAAUCAAUGAGGACCCCAAGGAUGCCCUCCUGCGCCAGUUCCAGAAGGAAAUUGAGGAUCUGAAGAGGAAGCUACUAGAGGGGGAUGAGAUCUCUGGGUCUGAGGGCAGCGCCUCAGAGGAGAUGGACGAUUCCGCUCUGGACCCUGGUGAGAGUGGGGAGCAGCUCAGGAAACGCAGAGGAAGGAAGAAGGUGUCCCCUGAAAAGAUGGUGGAGAUGCAGGCCAAGAUUGAGGAGGAGAGGAGGGCUCUGGAGGCCAAGCUGGACAUAGAGGAAGAGGAGAGGAAUAAGGCUCGAGCCGAGCUGGAGAAGAGGGAGAAGGAUCUCCUUAAAGCCCAGCAUGAACACCUCUUGCUGCUGGAGAAACUGUCUGCCCUCGAGAAGAAGGUCAUUGUCGGGGGAGUGGAUCUGCUGGCCAAGGCUGAAGAGCAGGAGAGGCUACUGGAGGAGUCCAACAAUGAGCUGGAGGAGAGGCGUCGGCGGGCCGAGCGGCUGCACCGGGAGCUGGAGGAAAAAGAGCAAGAGCGCCUUGACAUCGAGGAGAAGUACACCAGCUUGCAGGAGGAAGCUCAAGGGAAAACCAAGAAGCUGAAGAGGGUCUGGACCAUGUUGAUGGCUGCUAAGUCAGAGAUGGCAGAUCUGCAGCAGGAGCACCAGCGGGAGAUCGAGGGGCUUCUGGAGAACAUCCGUCAGCUCAGCCGCGAGCUUCGGCUCCAGAUGCUGAUCAUCGACAACUUCAUCCCGCAGGAAUACCAGGAGAUGAUUGAGAAUUAUGUGCACUGGAACGAGGACAUUGGGGAGUGGCAGCUGAAAUGUGUGGCCUACACAGGAAACAACAUGAGGAAGCAGACCCCAAGCCAGGAUAAGAAGGAAUCCGAUCCCUUGGAAGUGGACCUGUCUCACGUGUACCUCGCCUACACAGAGGAGAGUAUGAGGCAGUCCAUCAUGAAGCUGGAGCGACCACGGACUUCCAGGAGCGGGAAGUCCAGGCCGAAGACCAGCAGACGGAAACGACCCACUAAACCAGAGACUGUGAUUGAUUCCCUUCUGCAGUAAUCCUGUCCGUGCCGUUCGGGACACCACAGCUCUGUGGGAUGAGCCCCCGGGAAAGGCGUUCAGUCCUGGGCCCACUACUUCAGGGGACGAUAGAGGCAUCGGACUGUGAGCCUUAUGCCAUGGGCAUCUGUAUUUUAAAAUGGACUGUGGAAAAAACCAAGCACCUUGUACAAAAACCGUGUGUUGUCAUACUGAAUGUGUAGGUCCUAUAUUAAUGGUUAUAUGUAGAGAUGAAACAGUGCUUCUCAUUUCCUGCUCAGUGGCACUAUUACCAGCCAGUCUAUGCAUGUUGUUUGCCCUCUGAAAAUACUUUUUCAUUUUUACCACUAAACAUGCCCUUUUACGCAUCAGCCUUCGAAUCGUCUGUUCAAACGUGGUUGGAGAUAAGAGGACCUUCCAGAUGAUGUCAUUUUCUUCAUCAGCCUAAGGGUCGGCAGUAAGUGUUUCCUUAGGCAUUGUGUACUGUGUCCCUGUUAAUGUACACUGGCUGCGCAGCAGAAUGUGUGCUUACAUGCUGGUGAUGUACAUCCAUGUCCUUCCCUGCAUUUGUAUUAAAUAAUUUCUACAUACCAA